AUGUCACCAUCCAGCUGCUCCACUGCUGCAUCGCGUUGGGCACGAUGCAAGCAUGCGUUGACCUCGUGGCACGCCUUUCACGAUGCUGUCCGUCUGAAGAGCGCGUCGUCGAUCCUGGUCAAUGAGGAUCUGCUGCCGUCGCCGCCGGAGCGACAGACCUGGACGGCCUGGAAUUUCUUCGCAUACUGGUGGAGCAAGUCCUGGGCCGUGUCGACCUGGUCGGUGGGCUCCUCGCUCAUUGCGCUGGGCGCCUCCGUGCGCGAUGCCCUGCUCGUCGUGCUCUUUGCCAACUUCCUUUCGGCCGUGGUGAUCGUGCUCAACGGCAGGGCGGCUGCGCUGUACCACGUUGGCUACCCGGUGCUCGCCCGGGUAUCGUUUGGCAUCUACGGGUCGUACUUCUUUGUCAUUCUGCGCGCGCUGCUAGGCAUCAUCUGGGGCGGAGUGCAGCUCUACUUCGAGGGCCAGUUCAUCUCCAUCUGUCUGCGCUGCAUCUUCCCCGGCUGGGCGAGACUGCACAAUGGGAUUCCAGCAGACCAAUAUAUCACGACGCAGGGCAUGGUCGGCUUCCUGCUGGCCUUUGUGUUCACCCUGCCGCUGAUGCUGGUCCACACGGCCAGGAUCCGGCAUCUCUUCAGCGUCAAGUCCGUCGUCUUUCCGCUGGCGGGCAUGGGCGUCGUGUGCUGGGCGACGACCGCCAACGGAGGCGUCUCGGCGGACAAGCUGGUCGACGAGUCUCUGCGACCCACGACAUCCAUCUUCGCCUGGGGCCUGGUCGCCCAGUUCAACGCCGUGAUGGGGGCGAAUUCUGCGCUGCUCGUGACGGUGCCUGAUCUUGCGCGCUACUCCAAAACCCGCAAUGCGCAGCUGUACGGCCAGCUGUUUGGCCUGCCUUUGGCGGGGACCGUGUGUUCGGCUUUUGGCAUUAUCACGACGUCCGCCGUGAAGAAUAUGUACGGCGAAGCCUUCUGGAACCCGUACGAUCUGCUGAACGGCAUCCUGGAUCACUCGUACAGGUCCAAGGCCCGCGCCGGCGUGUUCUUUGCGUCGGCAGCCUUUGCAUUCGCGACGUUGGGCACCAAGGCUCCAGCCUCGCCUGUAUUUAAGCGUGUUUCAAAUUCAGCUAAUUCCACCAGGAGAAUCGUCUCCACUGCCAACGGCUUCCUCAGCUUCCUCAGCGGCUACUCCAUCUUUCAGGGUCCGGUCGUCGGCAUCAUGAUCGUCGACUACUUCCUCGUGCGACGAGGCAAUCUCGAUCUCGGCGAUCUCUUCAGCCAGGCCCCGUCCGGACGGUACUACUACACGCGGGGAGCGAACCUCCGUGGAAUCGCCGCCUUUGUGAUCGGCUUCCUGCUGCCUCUGCCCGGCUUCGUCGCCAGUUUCGGCACGGGCGCCCAGGUCAGCGCUGCGGCCACCGACAUGUUCGAUCUGGGCUGGGUGCUGAGCUUCCUGAUGGGUGGGCUGUCGUACUGGGUAAUCUGCAGGUUCUCGACUGCCAGGGAGGGCAAUAAGUUAUCGUUUGAAGCGCAGGUGCCUCAUCGUAUCGACACGGGCAGUGGCAAUGACACGUUGGUCGUGGAUGGCGCAGAGAUCAUCGGCCCUGCAGAGGUCAGCGAGACGAAGAACGCGAAGCUGUCUGUGUAG